CGACGCGGGUCGAGAGACGAGUCGCCCAGAAAUCCUCAAAUCCCAUUGCUCACCUGCGUAUAUAACCGCGGCCAUUGAGGGCGACGCCGGGAGGGGUGCUCGUCGUUUCAGGCUCGAGAUCAGAUCGGGCUCAGAUCUUUUAGCUCUCCGCUCCGCCGCCGCAGUUGCUGGAGAGGGGGGGGAGGAGAACGGAGGCUACGAUGUUUAGCGGGACGCAGCAGAAGUGCAAGGUGUGCACCAAGACGGUGUACCCCAUGGACCAGCUCUCCACCGACGGCGUCGUCUUCCACCGCUCCUGCUUCAAGUGCCAACACUGCAAGUCCACCCUCUCCCUUGGCAACUACUCCUCGAUUGAAGGUGUCCCGUACUGCAAGCCCCAUUUCGAGCAACUCUUCAAAGAGACCGGGAGCUACAACAAGAGUUUCCAAUCACCCGCGAAACCCAUAUCAGAGAAGUUGACUCCUGACCUGACAAGAUCGCCAAGUAAAGCCGCUCGCAUGUUUUCAGGGACACAGGAGAAGUGUGCCACUUGUGGUAAAACAGCAUAUCCUCUCGAGAAGGUGACAGUUGAAGGACAAUCCUACCACAAGUCCUGCUUCAAAUGUUCUCACGGUGGAUGUGCCAUUUCGCCGUCCAAUUAUGCAGCAUUGGAAGGUAUCCUCUACUGCAAGCACCAUUUCUCCCAACUUUUCAAGGAGAAAGGUAGCUACAACCAUCUGAUCAAGUGUGCAUCAGUUAAGCGCUCCGAAGCACAGCCAGAACCACCGGCCGCUGCCGAUUCCUCCUGAAUGUAACCAUGUGUUCCAGACUCCAGUGAGAUUUGAGGGCGAGAAUUCGGAAGCCCUCUGUUUUACUUAAAACCUGCUUGUAUGCCAUGUUUCAAUUCUGAGGAUACCGGGACCUAUCUAUUUCGUAUCCUCUAUUGUGCUAGAUCCAUCACAUUGGUGAACCAUGAAAUAUCAAUGUCCGUUUCGAAGAAA